GGAAAAUUGGGGCCUGCGAAAAGAAAUUGCCUUUUCUGGGGGACCCCAUCUACGUGUCAGUGCAGGGGGUUUCUCUUAGGCCAUAGACGCUCCAAGAAGACACGAAAACUGGGGCCAUUUCGUAGUUUCGCUAUUGUUUUGGCCUGAAAUGUAAAAACAUAAACUCAUUCUCUGAUUCUCUUCCCGAUUCAUUUUUUGGUUUCUCUGAAUCGACGACAGCGAGCGCAUGAAGAAGAAGAAGAAGAAGAAGAAGAAGAAGAAGAGUCACCUAUCUCACACUUACCUCAUUCGUUUUCUCCACUCUCAAUCUCUCCCAAUCAUUUCAAAUUUCAGAAGGCAGCGACGAGUUGCAGGUUCAAAGGUUCCUCCUGAAGUAAGCAGAUCAAAUGAGGGCCAUUUACUUGUCAAUGAUCAUAAUAAAUAUAGAUCAAUGUGGAUCCGUGCAUAUUCAUCUAUAUGGAUGAUUGGAGGCUUUGCGUUGAUUAUCUACAUGGGUCAUCUCUAUAUAUCGGCUAUGGUUGUUAUUAUCCAAAUAUUCAUGGCAAAAGAGCUGUUCAAUCUACUGAGAAGAGCUCGUGAAGAUAGACAUCUCCCCGGAUUCAGGCUCUUGAAUUGGCAUUUUUUCUUCACUGCAAUGCUGUUUGUAUAUGGUCGCAUUCUCAGUCAGCAGCUCGUAAAUAAUGGGUCUUCUGAUAAAUUCGUGUAUAAGCUUGUGAACGGCCUCAUCAAGUAUCAAAUGGUUAUUUGUUAUUUCUUAUAUAUUGCAGGUUUCGUAUGGUUCAUUCUUACAUUAAAGAAGAAGAUGUACAAGUACCAAUUCGGCCAGUAUGCGUGGACGCACAUGAUUCUUUUUGUGGUGUUUGUGCAGUCUGCAUUCACUGUAGUCAAUAUUUUCGAAGGGAUUUUCUGGUUUCUGCUCCCAGCAUCACUUAUUGUUAUCAAUGACAUUGCUGCUUAUUUCUUUGGUUUCUUUUUUGGGAGAACACCUUUGAUCAAGCUAUCACCAAAGAAAACAUGGGAAGGUUUUAUUGGAGCAUUGGUUGCAACUAUUAUCUCAGCAUUUGUACUUGCAGAUAUCCUGGGCCGUUUCCAGUGGCUGACAUGCCCAAGGAAGGAUUUAUCAACUGGUUGGCUUCAUUGUGAUCCUGGUCCACUUUUCAAGCCAGAGUAUUACUCUUUGAGAGGAUUGGCCCCUCAAUGGUUUCCUUGGAAAGAUAUAUCAGUUUUGCCGGUGCAGUGGCAUGCUUUAUGCCUGGGUUUAUUUGCAUCGAUUAUUGCACCUUUUGGAGGUUAUUUUGCUAGCGGUUUCAAGAGAGCUUUUAAAAUUAAGGAUUUUGGGGAUAGUAUUCCUGGACAUGGUGGAAUUACCGACAGAAUGGAUUGCCAGAUGGUGAUGGCUGUUUUUGCCUACAUCUAUCACCAGUCCUUCAUUGUUCCUCAGAGCCAUCCCGUUGAGAUGAUUUUGGAGCAGUUAUUGUGAUGGUGCAGAUUUUAAGAAACCUUAGUUUCGAGGAGCAGCAAGCUCUGUACAUGAAGCUUCGGCAGAUAUUCCAUGAGAGGCAGUUUGGACUAUCUUGAAGCUGCACGCCAUAUGUGUAACAUAAUCCAGCAUGCUUUGCUGUGGGGUGUGUUUUUGGGGGUGUCAUUCUCCAUUUGAGAUAUUAGAGUCUGUAUAUGGUGCUUUGCUUAAUUAUUCAUCAUCUGGGGUUUGGUUCUUUGGGGGAGACAAGUUGUGCUGUGUUUUUUUUUCCUCAACAUGACCUAGCUGAAAUGUCUUGUUUGCAGUGCCUUCACAUUUCCACUAUUCUUGUAUUUGCGGAUUGGAGUUGGUCAUGUAAUCCUAUUGGAGCAAAAUAGUUCUUGUAAAUUUGAUAAGCAAUGAAGGCAAUUUAGCAAAA